ACAUUUUGUAAACUGUGCAAAUGGAAACGCUAUCAUUACUGUUGGUUUUUACAGUAGUGUACUUGGACAGUGUUUUCUCCUUAGGCCCAGUUCCUGCUGGUACUUUGAGGGAUCCUUCCUCACAAAACGAAGCCACUGAUGCUGAUCUUUAUCCAUGCUUUCGGGAUAUUAAAUGCGGCCAUUUAGGAAAGGAAGCUCAAGAGAAACUGGAAAAGUGUUAUGACAUUUUCGACGAAGAGGAUCGUAAAUUUGGAGUCCAAUGGAUACAUGAUGCAACAAAGGGCGCCACAACCGGGAGCGACUUAAUGGAUGUCGUUGAGCAGUGGUGCAAACUGGAAGAGUAUGCUAGGCAAUCUACUAUCUCUGAGAUAAGUGGCAAAGGCAUAGAUCAUUUGGGGAUAAACUGCAAUGGUGGUUCCAAAGAAACAUGUGAACGUUGGAGCAAUUUUGCAGAUUGUGGGCAUGAAGUUGGAGAAGAAUAUUUUUAUAACCAGCUCUGUGGCGCAGCUGUAGAUGCUCAGAAGAAAAUUAAAAAAUGGUAGUCAGCAAUCAGAAAGUGAAAGCUUGAAAAUGAUUUUAGCACUUUUCAAAUUCCGAAAACUGCUCAGCCACCAUAAAAACAACUGCAUUGUAUUUUUAUGCUCCAGUGUAAAAGGUUAAUAAACAAGUCAAGAAAAA